UCUUAUUCUAAGAACUCAGGCACUCAGGUAUCCACCAUGGUGUUGGGUCCUGAACAGAAGAGGCCAGAUGAAGAUGCUUCUGGAGACCACGGGGAGUCUGCCAGUCUUGCGGCCAUCAACCCUGCCUACAGUAACUCCUCUCUUCCACAGUCCCCCGGGGGGCACCCAGAGGAGCCUUUCGCCACCUACUUUGAUGAGAAGAUUGCCAUUCCUGAGGAGGAGUACUCUUGUUUCAGCUUUCGUAAACUCUGGGCUUUCACGGGACCGGGAUUUCUUAUGAGCAUUGCCUACCUGGAUCCAGGAAACAUUGAAUCUGAUUUGCAGUCUGGAGCAGUGGCUGGAUUUAAGUUGCUCUGGGUUCUUCUGAUGGCCACCAUCGUGGGACUCCUGCUCCAGCGCCUUGCAGCUAGACUGGGCGUAGUCACUGGGCUGCACCUUGCUGAAGUGUGUCACCGUCAGUAUCCCAGGGUUCCACGAAUUAUCCUGUGGCUGAUGGUGGAGUUGGCUAUCGUUGGCUCAGAUAUGCAAGAAGUUAUUGGCUCUGCUAUUGCCAUCAAUCUCCUCUCUGUAGGAAGGGUCCCGCUGUGGGGUGGAGUUCUUAUCACCAUUGCAGAUACCUUUGUAUUUCUCUUUUUGGACAAGUAUGGCUUGCGGAAGCUAGAAGCAUUUUUUGGUUUUCUCAUCACUGUUAUGGCCCUCACGUUUGGAUACGAGUAUGUUACAGUGAAACCCAGCCAGACCCAGGUCCUCAAAGGCAUGUUCCUGCCAUCCUGUUCAGGCUGUCACACCUCACAGAUCGAGCAGGCCGUGGGCAUCGUGGGUGCUGUUAUCAUGCCACACAACAUGUACCUGCAUUCUGCUUUAGUCAAGUCCAGACAGGUAGACCGAGCCAAUAAGGAGGAAGUUCGGGAAGCCAAUAAGUACUUUUUCAUCGAGUCCUGCAUUGCCCUUUUUGUUUCCUUUAUCAUCAACGUCUUUGUCGUCUCAGUCUUUGCUGAAGCAUUUUUUGAGAAAACCAACAAGCAGGUGGUUGAAGUCUGUAGAAAUAGCAGCAGUCCCCAUACUCAUCUUUUUCCUGACGAUAACUCAACACUGGCUGUGGACAUCUACAAAGGGGGUGUUGUGCUGGGGUGUUACUUCGGGCCUGCUGCACUCUACAUCUGGGCAGUGGGGAUCCUGGCUGCAGGACAGAGCUCCACCAUGACAGGAACCUACUCUGGCCAGUUUGUCAUGGAGGGAUUCCUGAACCUAAAGUGGUCGCGCUUUGCCCGAGUGAUUCUGACCCGCUCUAUUGCCAUCGUCCCCACUCUGCUUGUUGCUGUUUUCCAAGAUGUAGAGCAUCUGACAGGGAUGAAUGACUUCCUGAAUGUUCUUCAGAGCUUACAA